AUGCAGCCUGAAGAGAUCAGACCUGCCGAGCUAAAAAGACCGGAAUCGGCGGAAUCCAGCGUGAAUGCUCGGCUCAAGAUUAUAGACAAAAACUCGGGAAAAGAGCGGCACUCGAUCUUGGAGGAUGAUGAGUAUGAGGGGGACAGUGCCAAUGAGAUGAAGCCGCCCGUUCCAAAACCUUCCCCAGCAGCCGUCACUCGGGCCUUACCGGACAGAGCCUUUAGAUUUCGAAGCGAUGGAUCCUUUAGGUCAAAGUGGGAUGACCUCACUUUCAAACCAAGACAGUCAAUAUUCGAUCAAGAAGUGAAGUUUGGCGCCAAGUUCUACGGUUUCUUUGUUGCCUUCUGGUUUUGUGUCUUUUUUGGUGGGUUCAACGUUGUAUUCAACUACCAUGUCAAAUUUGGAUUUCAUGCCAACUCCCGGAUCAUUAAUAUUAUGUCGGAUAACCUCUUGGGUGUUGCCUUGGUGGAUUUGCUGAUGUACUUAAUGAUGUACAUUCCUGUUUUCAUUCAGAUGCUAGUGAAAUGGAACAAAAUCAAUUGGAAUAGAGUCGGUUGGGUGAUACAAUCAAUAUAUGAGGUCUUCUAUCUGAUAUUCUUUUUGUUCCUGGCAGAGUUCCUCAAGUUUCCAUGGAUUGCCAAGAUCUUCUUACUGUUGCAUUCACUGGUGCAGCUGAUGAAGAUACAUUCGUAUGCAUUCUUCAAUGGCUAUCUUUGGCUAAUCAAAGAUGAACUAAAAUACUCUGAAGGAUACCUGAAGAAGCAUGAAGGUGACCUGGCUGAUGAAACUAGGAUUCCCUUGAGUAAAUCCGUGGAGUUUUGCAAGUUUGAACUAAAAGUUCAGUCUUCCGAACAACCAUUCCCAAGCAACAUAUCGCUCAGAAAUUUCUUUUUAUACACCAUGUAUCCUACACUGGUGUAUCAAAUCGAUUACCCCAGAACUGAAAGGAUAAGGAAAAGAUAUCUUUUCACCAAAAUUGCGGGUAUUUUUGGUGUGAUUUUCUUGAUGAUCACUAUUUCUGAGACAUACUUGUACCCGAUGGUGGUCAAAUGCCUGGAACUCAGAGAAACACAGUCAGUUUAUUACAGAAUGAAAAUGUACCCAAUGAUUAUCAUUGAGUUCAUACCGCCCUUCCUUGCCGUCUAUCUACUAGUGUUUUAUCUCAUUUGGGAGCUUAUUUUGAAUGCUAUUGCAGAAUUGUCUUAUUUUGCUGAUAGAGAAUUUUAUGGCUACUGGUGGAACUCGGUCGAUUGGAACGCAUAUGCUCGGGAUUGGAAUGUCGUUGUCCACAAGUUUCUUCUCAGGCAUGUGUAUCAUUCUUCUAUCAGCGCUCUUCAAUUGAACAAAACGAAAGCGACAAUUUUUACAUUUUUGCUCAGCUCGGUUGUCCAUGAACUAGCAAUGUUUGUUAUAUUCAAGCGUCUAAGAGGCUAUUUGCUCGUGUUGCAGAUGAGUCAGCUACCUUUGGUGCAACUAAGCAAGACUAAAUUGAUGAGGGAUAGAAAGGUUCUAGGAAAUUGCAUAUUCUGGUUUGGUAUCGUUCUGGGCCCAAGUCUUAUGUGCACGAUGUACUUGGUGUUCUAG